AUGGGCCAAAAAACAUCGAAAAACGAGAAGGUUGAGAACCAUGUUGCGUUUCCCAGCAUAACUGACCUGCCAAACAUUACAAUUACUCAGCCGACACCAAUCUACCAACCAGAUAGCCCUAAUCCGUUCACCGUUCCACCACCAACACCGAGAGAUUCUCACAGGCUAGUCGACUGCUAAAAUGCUCUCAUGCAAUGUUACUUUUAGCUUGAAAUCGUUCAUUGAAGAAACACCGAUAUUAUUGAAUUCUGAGAGUCAUUCCAAUUCAAGUAGUCCUCCCAGAUCCACCCCUCCACCCCCUCCAAGCAUCCCUCCACCAGCGGAGCCUGUCAAAAACGCAGAUUUUCAUGAUGAAGAGACCAGAGUAAGUGAAAUUGAAGAAACGUUUCAAAGAUAUUAUGUAUAUUCAGAAAAACUUUGGAGCAACUGUAUUGGAACGUGGUAGUCCACUUCCACCGAAACCUGACGAGAAAACGUAUGCAGCGCCGAUUAUAAAGCGACCGAUUUAUUUUGCAAAAAAUAAAAUUGCACUCUAUGAGUCAUUGAACACGAGGGACCGAGAACCAUCAAAUGCGAUUGUGAAUAUGGCACCGGCGCCGAAGAAAAAAGAAGAGUUGGCGUAUGCUGUGGGGACACCGCGAGUCAAUUUCAGCAGUUCACCAGUAGUAGAGCGGAAAAAGAGAACAAAUUCGGACAAUGCAUCUGUUUCUUCUAUAAAAGUGAGUCCAUCUCUAAAGAAACCCUUUCUUGUGCAAAGUUCGAGGGCCGGACUUUGAUUUUUAACAUUUAACUUUAGAGAAAUAAAUUUCAGACCACUGAUGACUACCCCAUUUACAAUGUGAUAUCGGAUUACACCUACAGUUCUGGAAAAACGUUUCACAGUGGCGCAUUUCCAAUUGACGUAAAUCGGAAAAAUUUUGGUUUUUGUGGACGCAGUGGAUCAGGAAAGUCGUCUCUGAUUAACGCGCUCCGGGGACUCAACAAUGGUGAUCCUCAAUCGGCGGGAAGAAGUCGUUGUGAUCGAAUGGAACCUUUCCGUUUUAUAGAAGGAAAUCUUCAGCAAACAGUUCUGUGGGAAGUUCCGUAUCCACGAACAUUCUCCUCGUCCAGUGUCGUAUUCGAUGUUAAUAUGGGAUUUGAUAAGUUUUACGAGUGAGUUGAUGAUAAUAGUUGAUGCAUACUGAAAUCACACAUACUGAAAGUUUAAGGAGUCACAAACUAAAAUUGUUCAAAAGAUUAUUCAUUCUGAUCCCCGAUGGAGCACCUACUGAUGAAGACAUUACAUUUGCAAGAGUUGCGAUGUCCCGGAGAACUGCAAUAACUUUCCUUUUGACUAAAAGUGACGAGGACUUGGAUGCAGAGAACAGAGAAAACGGGACCAAAUUGGACCAAUUAAUGAAAAGGUCUUACGAAACUUCUGCAAGACUCGUCUUCUCCCGCUACCUCCUUACCAAAGCCCAAAUUCUGAACGAUGUGGAGUUGCUAUUUUUAAACGCGCCCACAACCAGGAACUUAGUCAGCGGAACAGUUGGCUACUUGCAUUAUUUGAUGAAUGAGGAAAGGCUUCUCGAAUUGUUGGAUCUCAAUACUGGCUGUCAUUAUGAUUUAGAAGUGAAACUCCGGAAAGGAAGAGACAGGCUUGCCGAUAUGACCAAGCAGCCGGUAGUGGAUAUUGAAACUUAUAGAAUUGUGAGCAAGCACUUUCGAAUUUUGCAUCUUUAUUGAGACUUCAAGAUCCCAAAUUCAUUUAAUAAUUUAUUCAAAUCACUUUUUAGGAAGAGAAUGAGUCUCCUAAAGUUCAAGCUUAUGCAAUUAGCAGGCCGACAAUAUUAGCUGAUGCUGGUUUUGAAAUUUCUUUCGGAACUGAUGAUAGAAUUUAUCAAUCCCUGGAGCCUAAGACCAUGAUUCGAAGAGCAGGAAAGACGUGUUUCAAUUAUGGUUUCAUUGGUGGCAAAGGCGUCGGAAAAUCAUCGUUGAUUGAUGCCAUGAGAGGAAUGUCUUCCAAGAAUCCAUUAUCUGCUACUAAACUUAAUGUAUGUAAACGUUUUUCCGAGAAAGAAAUGUACAUUUUUUUAAUUCAGAAUCGGUCAAAGAAUGGUAGUUGUGAGAAAUUUGAGUUCGAUGACACUGUUUUGAAAUACAGUGUAACUUUGUACGAGUUAUCAUAUCCCAAGAAGAUAAGCUCAUAUUUUGAAUUCAUUGAGUGAGUGCGGGGGAAGUCAAAGACUAAUUCGAUUAGUCACAAAUUAAAAUCAACGUUCAUUUAGUACGUAUAAUGUCGCUUCUUUCACUGCGCUCUUCAUCUUAGUCGAUCAAACACCAAGUGAGCAAGAUUUAGCAUUUGCCAAAAUCGCCUAUCGCCGAAAUACUACGGUACAUACAAACAAUUGUUUACGAAAAUAUCAAUAUAUUCGUUCCAGAUCCUAUUCCUCAUAUCAAAAUGCGACAAAAAGUUAGCUUCUAGAAGUCGGAGUGAUGAAAUUCCGGUGUGUGAUUUGUUAAAGCAACGAUAUAUCGAUAAGGCUUUGAAUAAGUUUGAUAAUAUUAUGAGCGAAAAGGCUGCGGAACUUCGUGGAAGGGUCAGUGUGUUCUUUGUAUCUGCACCAGUGUUCAAGGCACUCAGAAUGGGUGAGAUUUUUGGUUUUUUUUUGUUAAAGUGGCAACUUUAUAUCAUAAAACCACAAUUAUGAUUUAGGAGAUCCCCGAGAGAGUCAAUUUGUGCUCCACGAGAGGGCAAUGUUCGACUUCCUCAAGUCGCGAAGGAUGAUUGCUGACAUGUUAGAUGAUCCACCUGGAGAAGGAUCCUACGCUCAAAUUAACCUGGAAACGGCAGGAAUUCACUAG